AUGCAACCGCCCUCAUGCAACCGCCUUCAUGCAACCUCGGUUGCACGGGUUCAUGCAGCUGCACAAAAUCUUGCACUAAAAUAUUUAAUGGCAUGGCUGCCAAAUGUCGUAAAUUAUGUCUAUAUAAGAGCCUCUUUUUGCUGUUGUAAAUUUUUCUUUGUUUCGGUGUUUCGUGUUGUGUUUUGCAGCCUAUUUGGUGUACGGGUGUUCCCCCGGCAUGACCUAGAAAAUUCCAUGGUCGUGCGCCAAUUCGGAUAUAUUGCGGUGAAAAGUCGGCAAAUUUUCAGCUCCCUCACUAAUAUGUUAGCUGCUAGAAACUCAGUUCGUAACUUGGCGGGCAAACGGUUGUUUGCUCGUGCAAACUCCACAGCUGCCCCCGGUGGUCCUGUCAUUGGUAUUGAUUUGGGAACCACCAAUUCCGCCGUGGCUAUCAUGGAGGGAAAGGUCCCAAAGAUUAUCGAAAACUCUGAAGGUGGAAGAACUACUCCUUCCAUUGUUGCUUUCACCAAAGAAGGUGAGAGAUUGGUUGGUAUUCCUGCCAAGAGACAAGCUGUCGUCAACCCAGAGAACACCUUGUUUGCCACCAAGAGAUUGAUCGGUCGUCGUUUCGAAGACAAGGAAGUCCAACGUGACUUGAACCAGGUUCCAUACAAGAUCGUUAAACACGAAAACGGUGAUGCCUGGAUUGAAGCUCGUGGCGAAAAGUACUCUCCUCAACAAAUCGGAGGUUUCAUCCUUAACAAGAUGAAGGAGACUGCCGAAUCUUUCUUGAGUAAGCCAGUCAAGAACGCCGUCGUUACUUGUCCUGCUUACUUUAACGAUGCCCAACGUCAAGCCACCAAAGAUGCCGGUAAGAUUGUUGGUUUGAAUGUGUUGAGAGUGGUCAACGAACCUACUGCUGCCGCUCUUGCUUACGGUUUGGAGAAGAACGAUGGUCAAGUUGUGGCUGUUUUCGAUUUGGGUGGUGGUACUUUCGAUAUCUCCAUUUUGGAUAUCGGUGCUGGUGUUUUCGAAGUCAAGUCCACUAAUGGUGACACUCACUUGGGUGGUGAAGAUUUCGACAUCGCUGUUGUUAGACAAAUCGUAGACAACUUCAAGAAGGAGUCUGGUAUCGACUUGUCUCAAGACAGAAUGGCAAUUCAACGUAUCAGAGAAGCUGCUGAAAAGGCCAAGAUCGAAUUGUCUUCUACUGUCUCCACCGAAAUCAACCUUCCAUUUAUCACUGCCGAUGCUUCCGGUCCAAAGCAUAUCAACCAAAAGUUCUCUAGAUCUCAAUUUGAAAACUUGGUCGAGCCUUUGAUUAAGAAGACCAUCGAGCCAUGUAAGAAGGCAUUGAAGGAUGCUGGUUUGUCCACUUCCGACAUUUCCGAGGUCAUCUUGGUUGGUGGUAUGUCGAGAAUGCCAAAGGUUAUUGAAACCGUCAAGUCUAUCUUUGGUAGAGAUGCUUCUAAGGCUGUCAACCCCGAUGAGGCUGUUGCUAUGGGUGCUGCCAUUCAAGGUGGUAUUUUGGCUGGUGAUGUUACCGACGUUGUGUUGUUGGAUGUCACCCCAUUGUCAUUGGGUAUCGAGACCAUGGGAGGUGUUUUCGCUAGAUUGAUCAACAGAAACACCACUAUUCCAGCCAAGAAAUCUCAAAUCUUCUCUACUGCAUCCGCUGGUCAAACUUCCGUGGAAAUCAGAGUGUUCCAAGGUGAGAGAGAAUUGACUAGAGACAACAAGUUGAUUGGUAACUUUACAUUGUCUGGUAUUCCACCAGCACCAAAGGGUGUUCCUCAAAUUGAGGUCACUUUUGACAUUGACACCGAUGGUAUUAUCAAGGUGUCUGCCCGUGAUAAGGCUUCUAACAAGGAUGCUUCCAUCACUGUUGCUGGAUCCUCUGGAUUAUCUGAAUCUGAGAUUGAGCAAAUGGUGAAUGAUGCUGAGAAGUUUGCCGAGUCCGAUAAGGCCAGAAGAGAGGCCAUCGAGUCUGCCAACAGAGGAGAUCAAUUGUGUAACGACACCGAGAACUCUUUGAACGAGUUUAAGGACAAGAUUGAAUCUGCUGAUGCCGACAAGCUCAGAGCCCAAAUUGGAUCUUUGAGGGAAAUUGUGGUUAAGGCCCAAGCCGGUGAAGAAGUCGAUGCUAACGAGUUGAAGAGCAAGACUGAGGAGUUGCAGAAUGAAUCCUUGAAGGUGUUUGAGAAGUUGUACAAGAAUAACGAAUCGAACGAAUCGAACAACUCUGGUUCUGAGGAGCCAAAGAACUGA